ACACUCACUUCUGCUGCGGCCAGACCACCGGGGGACUUUACAGCCGACUAACAUGUCACUCACUGAUAUCCUCUCUGCUGAAGCCAUUGAGAAUGCUGUCAAGGACUGCCAAGCCCCGGACUCCUUCAGUUACAAGAAGUUUUUCCAGCUCUGUGGCCUGACCCAGAAAACUCCCCAAGAGGUCAAGGAUGUGUUCCGCAUCUUAGAUGAGGACAACAGCGGAUUUAUCGAAGAGUCCGAGCUAAAGUUCUUCCUGCAGCGGUUUGUCCCAGGGGCACGGACUCUAACAGAGAAAGAGACUAAAAGCUUAAUUUCAGCUGCAGAUGAUGACAGCGAUGGCAAAAUUGGAGUAGAGGAGUUCCAGACUAUGGUCCUGUCCUAAAAGAAGCCCUCCAACACUACGAUUCUACUCUUCCACCUGCAGCAUGCACUGUGGCUCCAUCUGUCCUGCUGCUAUUAAUCUCUGAAAUAUUUUUCAAACACCAACAUUUGCACACAGUAAUUUUUAUUUGCCUUGUGAGUACGUGUCACAUGUCUGUGCUGCUGUCCCAGUGCUCACCCCACAUGAUCAAGGACAA